AUGCACGUGGCUCUUGAGCUCAAAGACCAGGAACUUCAGGGCCUCAAAACAGCACUGGAGAGGGGGGCCAUAUUCUGGGAUCCUUCAUCUGUUGCACGUGCCAAGACCCGUAUGAAGGAUAUAGAGAAGCAGGCAAUCGCAGAUGACGCUGCAAAGGCUGAUUGGAAGCAAGUACAGCACAACAACAAGAUCCUGAAAGAGAAGGAUAAGGUUAAGAGGCAAGAAAAGGCAGCGUUGAGGCGUGAGAAGGCAGCUUAA